AUUCCACCCCUUACACGGUCACUACUUUUGCGUGCUGCUCUUUUCCACCAACUGGCUUAAUUACAUAUCCCUAUUUCGUACUUAGGAAUUAUUCUUUGAUUUCUAUUCCCCGCAGAAAACAUCCAUCCACCGAGCUAAAAUCACCCGUGCCCCGCGGACACUGCACUGCACCAAGAUGAUCAACGCCGUCCUCGUCUUCAACAACAACGGACAACCCCGUUUAACCAAGUUCUACACACAGAUCGACACCCAAACCAAACAAUCCCUAAUCGCGCAAAUCUACAACCUCGUCUCCCAACGCCCCGCCAGCGCCUGCAAUUUCCUCCCCCUCCCACCACUUCUCUCCCGCGGCGCAAGCUCCGGCGCAGAAAACGGCCCCUCCGACGCCCCCACCCAAAUCACCUACCGGAACUAUGCCACCUUGUCGUUCAUCAUGAUCUCCACGUCGACUGAGUCGCCGCUGGCGCUGAUCGAUCUAAUCCAGGUCUUCGUGGAGGCGUUGGAUCGCAUGUUCGAGAACGUGUGCGAGCUGGAUCUGAUCUUCGGGUAUGAGACUAUGCAUGCGGUGCUGAGUGAGAUGAUUGUUGGGGGUGUGGUGGUGGAGACGAAUAUUGAUAAGAUUGUUUCGGCGAGCGCGAAAUUAAUUGAACUUCUUCUUUUCUUCUUUCUCUUGACUGUCAAUCCUGCACCCAACGCCGCCGCGGAUCCCGUCGACAAAAUGCCUGCCCAGAAGUCCGGAAAGAAGACUGCUCCCCUCCCUUACCCCCAGGGUAAGGCUGGCGCUAAGAAGGCUCCCAAGAACCCUCUCAUCGAGAAGCGCCCCCGCAACUUCGGCAUUGGCCAGGACAUCCAGCCCAAGCGCAACCUCGGCCGUUUCGUCAAGUGGCCCGAGUAUGUCCGUCUGCAGCGCCAGAAGAAGAUCUUGAACCUCCGUCUCAAGGUCCCUCCUUCCAUUGCUCAGUUCCAGAACACCCUGGACCGCAACACCGCUGCCCAGACCUUCAAGUUCCUCAACAAGUACCGUCCCGAGACCAAGGUCGAGAAGAAGGAGCGUCUCCACGCCGAGGCCACCGCCGUCGCUGAGGGCAAGAAGAAGGAGGAUGUCUCCAAGAAGCCCUACAACGUCAAGUACGGUCUCAACCACGUUGUCGGCCUCGUCGAGAACAAGAAGGCUUCCCUUGUCCUGAUUGCUCACGACGUUGACCCCAUUGAGCUGGUUGUCUUCCUGCCCGCUCUUUGCCGCAAGAUGGGUGUCCCUUACGCUAUUGUUAAGGGUAAGGCUCGUCUUGGAACUGUUGUUCACAAGAAGACCUCCGCUGUCCUCGCUCUCACCGAGGUCCGCUCCGAGGACAAGGCCGAGUUCGCCAAGCUCCUCUCCGCCGUCAAGGAGGGCUACUCCGACAAGUACGAGGAGUCCCGCCGUCACUGGGGUGGUGGUAUCAUGGGCGCCAAGGCUGUUGCCCGCCAGGAGAAGAAGCGCAAGGCCGUUGAGGGUGCUAUCCGUGUCUAAAAAGCUAGCUAGCCUAACCAGCGAGCUACUAACAACACCGACGGGAUAAAAAAAAAUCUUAUACCAUCAACGAAACUUCUAAUGACCUCAUCUUCCUAUCCUAUUUUCCUAUACUCUUCAUGUACACGUUGCAGAUACCCAUGAAUGCUAUUUCAGACAUCAUCAACAACCACAGCUUCGGUUUUGUUAUUCUUUUUGUGUGUGUGUGUGAACUUUGUAGGAAGUUGUCUUGGGAGUUUGAGCAUUCAUGUGACGUCUGCAAUAUGUACAUCUUAGUUGUAGAUCGAAGUAAGUCGUAAAGUCUUUGGAUCGAUAGCUUGUGUGUACUAGUGGGUAGCAAGAAAC